UGAAAUUAAAGUGAUUUUUGCAAAUAUGGGAUUACCUCGUGUAUAUUUUGAUAUAUCAGCUGAUGAUAAAUCAUUAGGUCGUAUCAUAAUGGAAUUACGAACAGAUAUAGUUCCAAAAACAGCAGAAAAUUUUCGGGCUCUUUGUACGGGAGAAAAAGGUUUUGGAUAUAAAGGAAGUAUCUUCCACCGAGUAAUUCCUAAAUUUAUGUGUCAAGGUGGAGACUUUACUAAUCAUAAUGGCACAGGAGGAAAAUCAAUUUAUGGAGAAAAAUUUGAAGAUGAAAAUUUUGAAUUAAAACACAUUGGUCCUGGCAUAUUGUCCAUGGCAAAUUCUGGACCUAAUACCAAUGGUUCACAAUUUUUUUUAACUACUGUAAAGACUACUUGGUUGGAUAAACAUGUAGUUUUUGGUUCUGUAGUGGAUGGUAUGGGUAUAGUAAAAAAAAUUGAAAGUUAUGGUUCUCAAACUGGAAAAACUUAUCAAAAAAUUAUGAUUACCAAUUGUGGUCAACUCUAAAAUAUUUUAGCUUGAUUAUUUAUAAUAUAUUGUAUACAUAUAUACAUAAU